GUGAUCCGUGUAGCUUGUACUGCAUCAAUCCGGACAACACGUACGCGAAGCUGGAGCCUAGAGUCAAGGAUGGGACCAGAUGCAAGGCGGGAUCGAAGAACAUGUGCGUCGCUGGGAUCUGUCGGGCUGUAGGAUGCGAUAACGUCUUGGAUUCCGAAGCUGUUGAAGAUGAUUGCGGAGUGUGCAAAGGCGAUGGCACCGAAUGCAAGAUCGUGGACAAGACUUUUUCAACGCCCAGCAAACUAGGCUACGUUAAAGUCGGAGUUAUUUUCCGGGGAUGUCGGAAUGUCCUGAUUGAGGAGCUCGCACCAUCGCAGAACACUAUCGCCAUAACCGGGCCGGACGAGAAGAAGUAUUACCUUAAUGGAAAAUUUAGCGAAGAGUUGGAUGGAGUCCACGAUUUUGGUGGAGUCGAAGGUGUUUAUACGCAUCCUGAGCCGCAGAAGGAGAUGCUCGUCAUCCAUGGACCUCUCAAAGAGAACAUCGUUUUUUAC